CUUCACAACGCACCACAGCCAUAUCACAACCCCACAACCGACGUGAACGAGCUCCCAUUUCUAGUCAUUGAAAAAUCGGGUAGUUCCCUGAUGGCCCACGUGUCUGCUGAUACAGUGACUUUGGAGCUGCUCACAGAGGCACGGGAGGUGGUGAAGAGCAGCCCACUCGGGGUCAUACAAACUCCGAUGAUCCCCUGGGCCCAGACCACCCUUCCACUGACCAUCAACUGUGACAUCCACAUCAAACUAGAAAACAUGCAGAGAACUGGCUCUUUUAAGAUUCGAGGCGUUGCGUACCAGUUUGCUCAAAGAGAAAAAGGUGGUCAUUUUGUCACUAUGUCUGCCGGUAACUAUGGAAAGUCUUUCGCUUAUGCUACAAAACACUAUGGGACAAAGGGGAAAGUGGUGAUGCCAGAGACAGCCCCGGUGUCCAGGUCUAUUUUAAUACAAAGUUUUGGAGUUGAUGUUGAGAGAGUUCCCACUCCCUGUCUGAUGAAUGUGGUGAACCGUUGUGUUCAAGAGGAAAACAUGACAUUUCUACACUCAUACGAUGAUCGGGAUCUCAUAGCUGGACACGCAAGUCUUGGCCUGGAGGUGCUGGAUGUGCUGCCUGACCCUGAUGUUGUGGUGGUCUGCUGUGGUGGAGGGGGGCUGCUGGCUGGUGUAGCUGCUGCCAUUAAACUGUCUGGAUGUGAAAAGACCAGGAUUUAUGGUGUGGAGCCACAGGGAGCCUGUACCAUGUUCCAAAGUUUCAUUGAGAAGCAUCCAGUGGGUAUGGAUGCAAAGAGUGUAGCAUCAGGACUAGCACCACCUUUUGCAGGUAAACUGCCUUUUGAGUUGUGCCAGCGUUUUGUGGAGGGGAUUGUCCUUGUGAGUGAUGAGGAUAUCAAAUCAGCCGUGUCGACUCUCUACAGAGCAGGGCUGGUGGUGGAGCCCUCAGGAUCAGCUGCCUUCGCCGCUGUUGUUCAUAAUAAAAUCCCUGAUUUGGAGGGAAAGAAAGUGGUCUGCAUCCUCAGUGGAGGCAACAUUGGAAAAGAUGAGCUCACGAACUUCCCAGACUGAGAGUAGGAGUGUUGCAUUAAG